GGUCUGAGGUGCAGUCUGCGUUGUACAUUUGCCAAGUGAGUGUGGUUCCUGUAUUGAAAUCGUGUCCUCCAGGGGCACAGACAGAGUGAGCAAGUCAGAGGAGACUCGCUGAGCGCUCCGGACUGUUGAGAUGUUUUGCUGGGGUGACGGAGUGUCCACCCAGGUGGAAUUAAAGGGCCCAGACACCUCCCAACCUCAAGAAAUCGAACGCUUGCGGAACCGGACGGUGAAAGAAGUAUGUUGUGGAGAAAGGCACUCGGUGUUUCUCCUGGCCGAUGGCACCGUGUUUACCUGCGGCGAGAACGACAAAGGACAACUUGGGAGGAAAAAGAGCGAAUCUCCUUUCGAACAGGUAAUGGCUCUAAAUACAGAGAAUGUUGUCCAUGUAGCCUGUGGCAAGCAACAUACCUUGGCCCUUUGUGAAAAUGGAUCUAUCUUUAGCUGGGGAGCUGGAACUUAUGGACAGCUAGGCAAUGGGAAAUGCUGUAGCAUUGUUUCUUGUCCAAGGAGGGUUAAGCUAUCCAAAGUUCCGAUAGUGCAGGUUACAUGCGGCCAUUACCACUCACUGGCUCUCUCUAAAGAUGGUGCAAUCUAUUCCUGGGGACAGAAUAGUUGUGGGCAACUAGGACUUGGUGAAGGUGAUGACAGCCAGCUACAACCCAAUCGUGUGAUAUCCAUGACUGGGAUUCCAGUGGUUCAGAUCGCUGCAGGGGGGAGGCACAGCUUUGCCCUGUCUUUCUCAGGGGCAGUAUUCAGUUGGGGAAGAAACAAUCAUGGACAGCUGGGGCUCAAGAACACAGAGGGUAAAGUCAGUCCAUGCCAUGUGAAGCAAAUGAAGAAGCUCAAUGUCACAUACAUCUCUUGUGGAAGUCGACACACUGCUGUACUAACAAAGGAUGGAAGAGUGUUCACGUGUGGAGAUGGAAGGGCCGGGCAACUGGGACUGAGCACGACAGCCAGUGUGAGCACCUUCCAAAAGGUGGAGCAGAUUGAGGGCGAGGUUUCACAGAUAGCCUGUGGCAGCUAUCACACCCUCGCCUACAUCCCAUCCUCUGAUCUCGUGGUUUCAUUUGGUUUUGCUGUCCGUGGGAAGUUGGAGGAAGAUUCAACAAGCAACCACAUUCAUGCAGAGUCACAAAAUGCCAAAAUUCACAAGAUUUUUGCAGGAGCAAAUGCCAACUUCAUUCAGACUCAGCUUCCAGUUCCUGCAGCUGACUUCCGCCACAGAGACAACACACAGCAGAUUCUCACUAUGGAUAAAACCAUUGUCGACAGAUGGAUCAACACUACCAAUUUCAGCAGAGAAAGACGAGAUGCAGAAAAUGAAAUCGCUUUAGUCUUUUCCUCCUCAUCCUGCCUCACCGGAAGUUUUCUGAGGAAUAGUGAUAGAGACCAGCAAAAAGCAGGGAGCACCUUUUUCAGUGUUGAUGUGGAAGCAGCAAGGGAUUUAUUUGGGAAGCUUACCACAAAGGACUGGAUUGUAAGAAUGAUAACUUCAAGCCUGGUGUCAAAUUUAAUCCCAAAUCUUAAGUUUUUGCGUCAUGAAAAAGAAGCAUUGAUGAUUUACCUGAUUCUGCCGGAGUGCUCUGUAAUGCAUCAAGAAGAGAACAUGAAACAAACAGUUAUUCUCUGUGCAGGAGCCAUUGAGAGGCUAGAUAAUGCUUCAAAAAGCACUCUGGUAAAGUGCUGGUCAACAUUGAAGUCAUCGUAUUUGAACAAUCUUGUCCAGAUGUUUAGGACUGGAGCGAUAUUAGUGUUUAAACGCCUCUAUGCCAAGCAUAAUGAACUCCCAUUCCAUCCUAUAAUUAAUACACUGGAAAAGGAUUUGAGGGUGAUCCUGCAAGUUCUAGAACUGGUGUACCAUGCAAAUAUCAAAGCACCUCACAAUAUUCCACAAAACAAAUUCUACAUCAAUGAAGUUCUCCUGUUUGAUGUUGGUUACGACCUCAUUACAUUUAGAGCAUCUCAGCAGGUAAUGCCUGAGGAGUUGGGAAAGAAGAAGGUUCAAUCGAUGUUUUGCUGUUUUCCAUUUAUCCUUAACUUACAUGCCAAGAUUCAGAUACUUCACGUGGACUCAGUUUUGAAGAAAAAUAAAGCCUUCUUUGAAGCAAUGAAUUUCACCAGCAUCCUCAUGGGAAACCCUGAACCUCCCAAGUGUCCGAUGUUCAGCUUGAACGUUAAACGGCAAGACUUGGUUUCCGAUACUUUUAAAAAGUUGAAAAAUGUGGAUGAGGUCGACCUGAGGAAGGAACUGAUGGUGAAAUUUGUUGGAGAACCAGGCAUGGAUCUAGGAGCUGUAAGACAGGAAUUCUUUCAUUCUGUCUUCAAAGAGUUGAUCCAACCAGAUUCCAAAAUGUUUAUGUAUUGUCAAGAUUUCAGAACCAUUUGGUUUCCCCCCAAGAUCUCAGUGCCCAUUGAAAACUAUUUCCUGCUUGGAAUAUUGUGGGGCCUUGUUUCAUAUAACUUCAGUGUAGUCUACAUCCCUUUCCCUCUUGCAUUCUUCAAGAAGCUACUGGAUGUGAAGCCCACUUUGGAGGAUCUGAAGGAGCUGGAACCUCCUUUGGAGAAGUACCUGCAGAAUUUUCUGGACACUGAUGAGAUCCAAGAUCUGGUCACAUGCCCUGUUGUCUGGGACAAAGAGGUGAUUCCAAAUGGUAGUGAUCAGCCAAUAACUAAAGAGAACAAGGAGGAAUAUGUGAAUGCCUGUGUGAAUUAUAUAUUCACAACAUCAGUCAAGAAACCCUUUGCUGAGUUUCAAAGAGGAUUCUACAAAGUUUGCGACAAGGAGCUACUGAAGUUCUUCCAACCUCAAGAGCUGAUGGACAUAUUGAUUGGAAAUGAUGACUAUGACUGGAAUAUUCUGGAACAGAAUACCACAUAUAAAGGCAACUACAGCAGAUCACACCCGACCAUUAAGAUGUUCUGGGAAGUGUUCCAUGAGCUGCCCUUGGAUGAGAAGAAAAAAUUCCUCUCAUUUCUCACAGGAACUGAUCGCCUUCCAGUGAGGGGAAUGGUGAGCGUUGAGAUACACAUUUCCCCGAGUCUGCUGGCAAAAGACAAUUACCCGGAAGCAAAUGUAUGCUUCAGUAUCCUGAGUCUUCCAGAGUACACCAACACUGAAAUCCUCAAAACGAAGCUGGUGACAGCGAUUAACACUAAGAAAAGAUUUGACAAACUGUGAAGCACACUAACAAUCAGAGGAAAAAUUGUUGCAUCUCAUUUGGACCCAUAUACAACUCACAUUUUUACUCAAGGAUUGAAAUUCUAACUUUUAACAGUAUCAUCUCCACCAAUUGUACCAUCCCUGUUUAUCACAGAUAGCCACCCAUACCAGUCAAAUGGCACUAACCAUUUGCCAUUAUCACAGAUGUCAAUUAUAAAGGCGGUGCACAAACAGUACUAUCCAUGCCAAGUAUUUUGCACUGUUCCAGCAGCUGUUGACACUAUGUUAAAGUGCAUUACCUGUCAUUGAGUCCCACUGAAUUCAGGUGAAACUGAGCAGAGUGCUAAAUAUUUCAGGCCCCAGUCAUCUCUCCCAUACUACAGAUGAAACUGGCCUGGCUGUUAGCUCUCUCUCUUGUUUUGGAUAUUACUGAGCCAUGUAGACCAAGCAGGAAGUGGGGAAAUGGAUAAUAAAGAUUACGCUUUGUGCUUUUUUAACAAAUUGUUGACACAAUGCAUUAGCAAACUUAUGUAUCAACUGGAUUGACCAUGAAAUCAUUUGAAAUUCCACCCGUAUUUUUAAAAAAUAUAUUCUUGUAAUACUGGUUGCCGUGUACACUGGACAAAUUGUGUUAACACCAAUGCUCCUAGUGGACAUUCUAUUCAGUAUAAUGGAGCUACUGCCUUGUUUUGGAACCUUAGCCUGGAUUUUCCUUUUCAGCUGUUAUGUUUCUGACCCCUACCAAUUCAUAGACGCAUUAAAGAGAAAGUUAGACUGAGGAGGGAAAUCGAUUGUCCCGCAAUUGUAUCAACUCCUUUCAAUGCAUUUAUCUUUUAAUUCCUCCUGCCCACCUUCUGAUUGCCCAUGAUAAUGCUGGAUGGCACACAUGCUGGCCAUUUCUUCCACUGCUUCUUUACAGCCAGCAGAUGUUUCCCUAAAUCUUGCUUUCUAUGUGGACAGGUCCAUUAGCCUGAUUCACAACCCACUGCUAGGAGAGCUGGCUAGAUACCAUCAUGGCAACAAUGGUGCUUGGAUGUAGUGUGGUGGAGCAAAAGGGGAGGGGUGUGGGGAUUGCUGCUCCUCUGGAUCUCAGCCUGGUAUUCAGAAACUUCUGCUCCCCUGUGAUUGAUUCAAAGGUGGGAAUGCCACCACUGAACCAAGGCUCAUUCCCCAAGGAUGUGUUGCUGAGGCUUCAGGAAUUAGAGAUAAUUUUGCAGAGUAUAGCUGCUAGCAACUGGAAUUGAGCUGGGGGAAUAGGGCCAUGGGGUGAAAUCACAGGCAUUUAAAAAUAAGUUGUUUUUUUAUUCUGUUUUCUUUGGAUACUCCUGGUUAUCAGUAAGAAAAAUAUUGGAGAUGGGAGAAGAGGCUUUUUGACUGGAUUGGGCAGUUGGAGAUGAGAGGUCAUGGGGUGAAAUGUGCAGGAAGAUGUCCAACUAAAGCUGGAAGCCUGAUAGAUUACAGAUUCCACCUAUAACCAAAUAAAAAUGUAGCAAAUAUAUUUGUGUUUGAUAGUUUGUUUUAGUGAUCUUUGCAAUCUGAUAUAAUAGAUUUGAAGCAAAGAACUGUUAAGAAUUCAUGUAUCACAAAUAAAGUAUAGUUUAAAAUUC